CCGGCAUGAGCUGACUUACUGUGUAAAAAUGCGCCUGGGCUGUGCUUGGCUGGCGCUCGGCCUACUUUUGCACCUGAAUCUUCAACUGGACAUGGGUCUGGCGGCCAAUAUCCUGGGCGUUUUUCCGUACCGCCUGCCCUCUCCUUUUCAGAUGGUAAGGCCCCUUGUGAAGGCUCUAGUUAAGCGGGGUCACAGUGUUACAAUGAUCACACCAUUGGGUUAUUUACCCGACAUCGAAGGAGUUCGUCACAUACGAGUUCCCGAGCUAAAUAGACUCAUGGAUGAGCUAGUGGAAACGGACAAAUUUCUGGACUUGUUGGGCAGUAAAUGGAGGGAGGGUCGUCUGGCUGCUAAGAUCCUUUACAACGUUUCACAUGCCAUCCUCGGCAAUGAUGGAGUCCAAAGAAUGUUGCGCGAUAAAAGCGAGUGGUUUGAUAUGAUUAUUUUAGAGGCCAGUCACCUGGAUGCACUUUACGGAUUUGCCGAGUUUUACAAUGCUUCCCUGGUCGGAGUAUCUUGUUUAAACAUUAACUGGAACAUUGACUAUUUGGCGGGAAAUCCCGCUCCAAGUGUUUAUGAACCCGUUUCCCCGAUAGGAUUCGCUCUUGAUUACUCACUCCUUAGCCGAUGGCACAAUUGGAUUUAUAUAACGGAGGAGAAGCUGUUGGAACGCCUUGUUUUUAGACCCUCCCAGCUGAGAGUUUUCAAGAAGUUCUUCGGCUAUCCCGCACAAAAGCUUAAUGAGCUAAGAGAACGAUUCUCUAUAAUCCUGGUCAACAGCCACUUUAGUAUGGGAAGGGUGCGUGCGAAUGUACCUAACAUCAUAGAGGUUGGAGGCCUUCAUCUAAGUGAACCCCCGGAACCCUGUGAUAAAGAACUGCAAAAAUUUGUGGACGAGGCGGAGCACGGUGUCAUAUAUUUCUCCAUGGGCCUGGACGUAAUGGUUAAAUAUCUGCCAAUCAAUAUGCAGCAAACUCUCCUGCAGACCUUUGCUAGGCUGAAACAGCGUGUGGUUUGGAAGAAUGAGUUCUCCAUGAUGCCCUACAAAUCAGAAAACAUAUAUGUGAUCGAUAGAGCUCCCCAGCGGCAGUUACUCGCCCAUCCCAAUGUCCGGCUUUUUAUAAAUCAUGGCGGGUUACAGAGCGUGAUAGAGGCGAUAGAUAGUGGAGUUCCGAUGCUGGGAUUUCCACUCUUCUUCGAUCAGUUCAACAAUUUGCAUCGGGUGCAGUUGGCUGGAAUGGCCGAGGUCCUGGACACCAAUGAUUUGAACGCAGAUACUCUCACCGAAACUAUCAGGGAACUACUCGAAAAUCCUAGCUAUUCCGAAAGAGCAAAGGAAAUGUCAAUAUCCUUCAGGGAUCGACCUAUGAGUCCUCUAGAUACUGCUAUUUGGUGGACUGAAUAUGCCCUACGAAAUCGGGAUACCAACCACAUGCGACUCAAUAUGGAGGAGAUUCCUCUGAUGCGAUAUUAUAGACUGGAUACGUUGCUCACCUUUGGAAUUCGCUUUGGAUGCGUCUUGGGAUCGAUUUCCUUUCUGUGCUGGAGAUUGUAUCAGAAACACCGGAAUAGACAGAGACGUCUUCUUGAGAGAAGAAGAGCUUUCAUGCAAAUGCAGAUACGAAUGAUGAUGCUUGAAUGUGAAACCGCCUCUUAGAUUCCAUACAUUUGUAAAAA